AUGUCAAAUAUCUCACAAAUUCAGCCUACAGUCCCUCCUCCCGUUCAAACAGCAUCGUCUGAACCGGGGGAGAAGGAUGCCGACUUUCUUGUUCUUCGACAACUGAAUAAGCGCGCUCGUGUUCGCCUUUCCCAAGAAUCCAUAAACCUUUCGCCCAUCCCAGGCAGGGCCUCCUUAUUCGCGGUCGCAAACUCUCGAGGAUGGUUUGCAGCAGUGGGCCGAGAUUCCAAUUCUGGGACAAUUCUUGUGCUGUCGCCCCUCAGCGAUCUUCGCUCCGCAUUCGCUACCGCCAACGAUGCGGAUGACCGACCAUAUCAACCUCAAAGGAAGGUUUCCCUGGGUGCUGCCACUCCAAAUAUUGUUGUAUUUUCAUUCAAUGACUCCAGACUCGUCGUUGGGUUUGCUGAGGGGUCGAUCAUGGUUUACGCCGCAGAACACCUAUUCUCCCCUGGAGACAGUCCCAUCAAUCCCAUUUACUCACUUCCUGCUGUGCCUUCAGCUUUCGUUGUUUCGAUAUCUCCGAAUACGGGAGAUCUUCCGGAACUUGUAGCUAUCUUACGGGACUCCCAAAGUGGCUCAAACGCAUUAGCAGUGGAGCUUCUCGACGUCCAAAAGCUAACAUCUGUGGGAGGUUGGGUAGCAGGGAGUUUACCAAAUACCAUUCCCGCGUCAAUAUCCUGGUCUCCCAAGGGCAAGCAGCUUGCGCUGGGUAUGAGAAGCGGUUCCAUCGUCACAUAUGCACCUACUUCUACCUCCACCCCAAAGUCCAGCAUUCCAAGCCCACCCUCAGCAUCUAAUGCCUGCGUCAUAUCAUCGACUUGGCUAUCUGCUUCGUCUUUCCAUGCGAUCUACGCCCAGCUGCCUCUUAACCCAGAAGUCGAACAAACUCACUUCCACGUCUCCCUUGAUGGCAAAACUAAUUCUGCACAAGACUUGAAAUUCUCCUCUCCGUAUUACCCUUCGCCCGGGCUGCGGCCACCUGGUGCAUUUAUCGUGUGUUUGCGGGGGUGGGAUCCCGCAAAGAUAUUGUUAUUUAUGGGAGACAGUACUUCAUCUGACAUUGGGGUGGUCGGAUGUGUAGAAGAGAAUUGGUCGAAUUUGUCGCUUGAGGAAACGUCGACGCCGAGCCUCCCGUUGGACAGGGACAUGAACGACACCGUCCUCGUUGGCCUAGAACUUGAUCUAACUAGCACUGAGCCGUUCCACCAUACGAGUGCGUCCGGGGAAGGUGUUCAGUUGCCACCUUCACCUAUCAUGUAUGCAUACGCAUCAGAUGGGACAUUAGCAGGUUGGCAUAUCCUCAACAUCAAGGGAACACCUUACCCGGGCAUGGUAACCCAGUCCUCGGGAACGAUGAUGGAGAACGCUCAGACACUGUCAGCUGUGCCCACCGCGAUAAUGCGGGAGCCGUCCAAUGACAUGCAUGCGUCUCCUAUUGAACCCACUUCAUCCUCUGCCAGUGCAUCAACUUUCGCCCAGACAGCCCCUGAUUUUGGCCAGUCGUCUGCGUUCGGGAAACAGCCUUCAUUUGGACAAUCAUCGUUUAGUCAGCAACUGGGAUCUCCAUUUAGCCAGACACCAACAAUGAAUGCUUUCGGCCAGCAAAGUACAUCUGCGUUCGGACAGCCGUCACCAACUUCAGCAUUUGCUCAACCCUCUUUUGGUCAGUCAUCAUUUGGCCAGUCAUCAUUCGGACAGCCCACACCCAUGUUUGGGUCCGCCGCUCCAUCAGCCUCGCCGUUUGCUCAAGCUGGGAAGUCUGCUUUUGACACCACGCCUACUUCGGGAGGGUUUGGGGCAUUUGGCACCGUUGGACCCUCGAAGUUCGGACAGACAGAGUUUGGGUUUGGAGGAGCACAACCUAUCGCGCCUACACAAAGUGCACUAACAUCAGCUUCUGCAGAAGAUAGUAUGGCUGCAGAUGAUACACCCGGCUUUGGUCGACUGUCACUCGGCGGCGGCAACCCUGCCCCUCAGGGUGCUGAUUCAAGGCCCUCCAUUUUUGGGAACACAGCUGCAUCUCAAUCUUCUCCUACAAGUGAUUCAGCGGGAGGUGGAUUCAUCAAACCUGCAACCGGCUUUGGAGCUCUCGGUAACGGAGGCCAGCAAAAGAGUCCGUUCAAUGCGUUCGGUGGUGCGUCGACCACAUCGACAUUUGGAGGUGGUGCCCCAGCAACUACCUCGGCGUUUGGAUCUGCUAUCCCACCUACUUCUGCAUUCGGGAAGAACGGAUUUGGAGUCACACCUGACCCUAGCUUUGGGAAGAGUUCAUUUGGGCAGUCUGGGUUCGGACAAUCCAACUUUGGAACGUCGGCUUUUGGAAAAUCGCCCUUCGGAUCAACCACCAUUACUGCACAAACACCAGCACCUACUUCCGGAGGCUUCGCUGCAUUUGCGACAGGUGCCCCAAAUGCUUUCGGAGCUAUUACUUCCAAUACAGGUUCUCAGAAGCCUGCAUGGGGUAGUGCAACCAAUGCUACGAAACCCGAUGCACCAACGCCUGUCCAGGCAAUUAACGUUCCACGUGAGACGUCUGUGCCGCGGGAGGAAAGCCGGUCUCCUUCCCCUGUCGCGCAGAGGGGUGAAGAGACCGAGUCUGGAUUCAAGAGCUCUGCGCCAGCUCCAACGACAGGUGCCUUCAGUAAUCUGAAGCCAUCUUCGUCUUCGUUCUCGAUGAAACCCUCCUCUGGAUUUGGAUUUGGAGAAACACCGAAAGACUCUCCGUUUUACAGGCCGGCGCCAGCACAGCCACCUGUCUCUGCAUUUGCCCUAGCAUCAAGUUCCCCUUCAACACCAACAAAACCUACUACCGGGGCUCCUGCCUUCGGCCAGUCGUCGAUGCCUGGUGCCGUAACGAAAAGUGCCUUUGGGACCAUGACGCCUAGUUCCCCAGCUCCUACAUUUGGUGCGUCAUCCAUGCCAGGAGGGGCGUUCAAGAGCCCACCCAGCCCACUCCAGUCAGCUUUCUCAACACCUUCAACGGGUGGUUUUAGUGCUUUUGCGUCAGGUGGAGGUGGCGGUUUCAGCGCGUUUGCGGGUGCACCAAAGUCGUUUGGAGAGUUGCUGAAGAGCACUGGUGACAAGGCCAAGGAACCCCCGAAGACAGAAUCUGUCAAUGUAUUUUCCGUACGCAUUGUCGAGCCUGAGACACCCGCUAAAGAGGUUACGAAUGUCAAGGUAGAAGAGCCGCUCACGCCUACUAUGCCGGUUGCAAAGGCGGAGGCUGUCAAGCAAGAGGAAACGCCAACUAGGACAACCACUCCACCGCUUCCUGUGGUUGAGGAGAAAGUGCAGGAGGUGAAAGUCAUAGAUAACAAGGCUUUGCCUCACGAACCUUCCUUGGAGUCCAUCUCUUCUUCAACAGCCUCAUCCUUCGUUGAUGUUUCUGCUGAAGAUGCGACUGAGGGUGAUGCGGACUCGACUGUUGAAGAAUCUGAUGAGGAUGGGGAACUCGAAGACGACACGAAGUCAUUUAUCUCUGAUGAUGAUGAUGAUGAAUCGGAAGAGUCGGAAGAGUCGGAAGGGUCUGAAUUGCCAGACGGGCAGGACGAGCGGGAAGAAGAACGGGAAGAAGAACAGGAGGAGCUGGAGGAACAGUGGGAGGAACAGGAGAAACUACAGGAAGAGCAUGAGGAAGAGAAAAAGCAAGGGGAUACACAUCAAGAAGUGCGGGAAGUGCAGACGCAAGAAGGAGAGCCUGAGUCAACAGUGGUUCCUUCUUCCAUCCCAUCGCCUGCUCCAAGGUCUCGAUCGACCACUCCAAAAGCGGAGUUACCGACCAUUACAUUGUCAACUUCGCCUUCUCCUCCGCCUCGAAAGAUAUCUCCAGUUAGGGACCAGAGUACAACACCACCAGGAUCUCCCGUACCAGAAGCUCAAUGUGCCACACCUCCUGUGGUUUCGCCUCUUCCAAAGCCUCCUGCCUCCUCCCCAUUCGCUAUAACUCCCAGGACGACCGGUACUCGACCGGUCAAAAGUUCACCUCUUGCCAAUGCCCCCCUCACCGGAGACAUGGAAGCUCCCAGUUUCCUACCCCAAGCGAAAUCAGCACCUCCGACUAUGGUACCGCAUCCCGCCUCACCGAGGCCGCAAUUCGGCGCAUGGGUACCCCCAGUGAAGCAAGACGCAGAAUCUGAUUCUUCCCGGCCCAGAACGCCCCCAGUUCUGUUCGGCAAGAGUACAAGCGCGCCGGCCAUCACGGCGCUGCCUAUGCCACCAGCGUUUACACUACCUCCAAAGCCCCUGCUGACUACCACACCACCCGCAGCGUCUAGCAUCUUCGGUGCUCCAGCUCCAACUCAGUCUCAGACUCCAACCCCACCAGUCUUUACGCCCCCUCCAGUAGGUUUCUUUGGUUUUUCGAAGCCGAGCGAGAGUCCCAGCCCCGCGUCUCCCAGCAUCUUCGGCACGCCAGCCAAAACACCGGAAGCGCCUCCUACUCUCACUCCUCCGCCUCCUGGCGUUUUCAGUAGCUUCAAACCACCUGGGGCUGUAUCCGCUGGUCCCAUGUCUUUGUCUCCAGGCCCGCUGCCAUCUGCAGUUCCUUCGAUAUCUCCACCAGCUCCGCCCAUCGAACAAGGCAUGCAGUCUGAGUGCUCGUUCAUGGUCUCACGUCUAACGUGGGAACUCGACAAUCUAAAAACUAUGGCAGCGCGUGCAACACAGCAAGCCGCCGAACUAGGGUCAAAGAAAACACCAGGACAAUCUCAUGUGAAAACAGAUCUUCCAGAUGCAACGAAAUGGGCGCCUGGAGACAUCAAGGAGUAUGGUCAUGUAAUGACUGAAGUCCAGGGUGACAUCAAAGAGAUAAAGGAGCAACGGAAACUUCUUAAACAAUUGCUGAAGGAACUUGAGAGUAGUAUGUUGAAGGCGGGAACAAGAAAGGAGGAAAUCAUCCGAUUUACUCGAGCUCAGACGGACAGUGAGUUUGCGAAGAUGCUCAAGAUUAGAACUCUCGGACCAGAAUAUCUGGAGACUCAGUCGCAACUACGGAGGGAUAUAAGGACGAUGGGGGACCGUGUACAAAAGCUCGAGGACCAUCUGCAAUCCUCUAAAAAGAGGCUUGCUGAACUAAAGGCAGGCAAACCGAGCCUAAAGGCACCGUCUUUGGAUACCGUGAACCGCGCUUUCCGCAACAUUGAUAUCUCGAUCACGCAACAAAGCGGGGAUGUCGCAAAACUCCAGCAGCGAAUGAGCAAGCUGGACAUAUCCUCUAAUGUCUCUGGUCCACGAGACAAACAGCUCUCGGAGUCAAGCGUUAAGAAGCCGUCGGCCGUAAUUCCCCAUGUAGCAGUUACCACGGCUGCUGCAUUGAAUGCUGAACGCUCUGCACAGAAGUUAAAGCGGGCUCUGCUGGCGGUAAGGAAGGAGCCCUUGCUUAACAACAAGGCAGCAUCCAAACCCGCGCCUACGUCAUUCCUAACGCCAAGCAGAGCAGCGGUGAAGCAAGAGCCAACUACACCUACACCUAUUAGUUUCAUUUCCCUUCCUAGCAGCGCCUUGCCUGCGUUCAACACCCCUAUAUUCACGCAGGGCGGGUGGUCGCCAGAAACGUCCAUCAAUUAUGACGAUUCUACGUCUUACACAGCAUCCUCUUCGCGUCGCCCACAGCGAACACCGAGACAUGGGUCUUCAGCUAAAUCGGCGGCUAUGCUGAAGUCGGAGAGUCUCGAAGCUUCUCCAACGCCCGCACCAAAAGCCCCCGCUGCUGUAUUUGACUGGGGACCAUUACCAAUUGUCGCACCAAAAACAACACUGUCUGCUGAUGUUCGGCCCAAAGGUUUCAAGUCGUAG